UUAGUUUUACAUUUGUUGCAGCAACGACAUGUCGGAUGAUGAAGGAUAUGAGGCAGGUUUCCCUGAUGAGGAAGAAGAUGAACCAACUUUAGACUUUGAUGAGGAGAAUUUAGAUGUUGAUGAACGAGAAGAUGAGACGGAGGAAAGGGAAGAAGAAGUUGAUUGGUUGAUGCAAAGAGAUGAAGAGAACCAGAUAAUGGAGCCAAUAGGAAAAGCCAAAGAGACUACCCAAAAAAGAAUAACGACAAGGUUUCUGACGAAAUAUGAAAGAGCUAAAAUUUUGGGGACCAGGGCUUUGCAGAUAAGUUUAGGUGCUCCAGUUAUGGUGGAUUUGGAAGGUGAGACGGAUCCUUUGGAAAUUGCCCAAAAGGAACUUCGAGAGAGGAAAAUUCCAAUUACCAUUCGUAGAUAUUUACCUGAUGGAACUUUUGAAGACUGGAAUGUCGAUGAGUUGUUGGAGUAGAUAUCGUUGGAUACCUAGCGAGUACUUACUAGUAGAAUGGAAAUAGACAUACGACUGUAUUUUAGACAACUUGCGUAGAUAGUGAAUAUAAAUUUGCUGAAUAUCUCUUGUUGUGUUCGAAUAUGUUGAAAACAAUAUGCUCUCUGUUGUGUAAACACAACGACAGAUAAAUAUCCGUUAACGCUU